AUAACCUACAUCAGACCGUAUUUGACUGCCAUGGAUCGUUGCUCGUAGUAAAGCACUGCGCAUCGCGUGAAUUCACUAUUUGAUAGAAGCACACACAUUUAAAUGUAGUAUUAUGUAUAUAUAAAUGUUGUCAGCCGACAGGUGUAGUGAUUUUUAAAGUGACAGUACAGGUAUCAUCAUGGAUCGGGAACCCUGCGACAACUCGACCAACACCGGAAACAGUCCAUGUGAAAAUUGUGGGAACACCGAGGAGGACUCGAGCUCUUCUACUAGUGAACAGUUCGAUAGCAUGGAUGACAUUCGUGAUCAAGAGUGCAAUCUUCGAAGGUCUACAAGGAAGAAGAAAAAACCAAAUGACGAAAAUGACUCUGUGGAGUAUAAUUUGAGAGACAUUACCUUGAUUAACAGGGUGCAAAGUGAACGGAAACGCCGUGAGCCAAGGCAGCCGAAAGCGAAAGCCAAACCACCGCCACUCAGCAAAUACAGACGAAGAGCAGCAAAUGCGCGCGAAAGGGGGCGGAUGGUGGAAAUCAAUGACGCUUUCGAGGAUCUUCGGAAAGUGUUGCCCGACAUAGAAGCAGGACAAUCAUCAAAACUGACAAAAAUCACCACGCUUAGGUUAGCCAUGAACUAUAUAUCUGCUCUUCGACAUACUUUGGGUUUUGAAGACGACCUAAAUUCAGACGCGUCUUCUCUUCGGUCUUCCAGCUUAUCUUCAUCCGGGGAUGAACAAUGCUUAAGUCCGUCUGACGGUGAGUUAAUUACGCCAGACGAGUCAGAUAUUCUAGGGGACGAAAAUGCAGACGACAUUCUUGCAGCAAAUAUUGACCUUGUUCAGUUAGAUCUGGAUGCAAGCUCAGAUCUUUUGCUGACGUAAAUAAUGAGGACCAGUGAUACUCGAACAAGUUUCGAUCUCAGAAUAAUGCUCAGAUUCAGUUAAUGUGAGUGAAGCGGGACAGGACACGCUUUGAUAUAUGUGCUCAAAAUACUUGAACAAAAUCUGGCGGUUUUAAUUGUGAACAACAAAAAAAUCAUUUACCAUCAACAGAUUAAGUGAGAUUUACAUAAGUUCAUCGUCGAUAGUGUGAAAUAUACUCAAGUGUUCCAAGGUUCCCAUUGGGACGAAAUGGCCCGGAACCCGCGGCAAGGGAUUUCAAGAAUUGCGCGAUAAUCGAACACCCUCAAGGGCCCCUUAUGUACAUUGUGAUAUGACAUGUCUCAAGACAAGGUUUUAAUUUUUUAUGACUAAAUUUAUUUACAUUGAUUUACAUUUUAAAUGAUCGCGUAUGAUAUAGAAGUCAUAAAUCAAGACAACAUUGUGUAUAAAUGUGAGGGUGAACUUGGUGAUUCGGCUCAGCCCUCUGUUUUAUUUUGCUCUACCUCAGGAAUUUAUUAUCUAAAACAUUUUCUGAAUUGAAAAUGAAUCUUAAUGACUUGGAGAGACUUGUAUAUUAAUGCACCUCUUCUGAAAGACAAUAUCGAAGUACCAGGAUUACGGAUAUGAAUGGACCCAAAACUGUGAAUGAUCUUUAAAAGCAGAACACUGUUUUAUUCUCAAUGAUGAACAAUAUUUUUGUAACUAUUUAUAUAUUUCUUUCCAUAUAGACAUAAUACAAAGGAAAGAAACUGUACCAGACUUAAAUUGUAGAGAAAACUACCCCUUUUUAUAGAUAUGAAAGAUUUAUUGAUGUUUCAAAGAAA